GUAGAGUAAUCUGGUAGAGUAUUUGAAGAAGGGUUUUGAUGACAGUCUAGUAAAGGAAGGUAAUUUAGAUAUGGAGGGGGAACUAAAAAGGCUGAGAAAUCAGUUUGGAUGUGAGUGUCAUAAUGUUUUAAUGUUCCUUAGGCUAACACAGAAAUCAGCCUCGUGGGCCAUGCCGGCUUUAAGGCCUGUUUCUUCUCCUGAGCUUCAGCAGAAGGCCGAUGGACCAGUCCUCACCGUGGAUGACUUCCCCUGCUUGAGCAAGCCAUGCUAUAGUACCUGGAAUCUGACCCUCACUGAAGUCCGAGCUUAAUAAAGCCAGCUGAAUGAAGGGAUGUAACAGACCUCUGGGAGAGACACUGAGGUCUGCAGUGGGGGGGGAGGGGCCUGGACACACCCCUUCCCCCCAGACUCCUCCCCCUCUGGGUCCUCUCAGCCAUGGACUUUGAACCUGGAUAAGAGGAGAGAAGCCACACUUUGUUUGGUGGAUCUGACUUGUGGUCUCAGUUUUGGAAAUGGAGUGCCGGAUGGGGGUUUGGUGAUCUCCAGAGGAGCAACCGAGAGAAGAGAAGGUGCGGGUGGCCUCCUCCUCCUCCUCCCCGUGCUGGGGUGACCGCCCCCCACCGCCACCCCCGGGCAGCCCGCGGCCUCCCCCGCGGGGGCAGGAUGCUGAAGAAGCAGACGGCAGGGCUCGUGCUGUGGGGCGCCGCGCUCUUCGUGGCCUGGAACGCGCUGCUGCUGCUCUUCUUCUGGACGCGCCCGGCGCCCGGCCGCCCGCCCGCCGACGCCGCGGCCGCCGACGCCGCCCUGGACGAUGACCCCGCCAGCCUCACGCGCGAGGUGAUGCGCCUGGCGCAGGACGCGGAGGCGGAGCUGGAGCGGCAGCGGGGGCUGCUGCAGCAGAUCCGGGAGCACUAUGCGGCGUGGAACCGGCGCUGGAGCGCGCCCACGGGGGCCCCGGCCGCCCCGCCGCGCGCCCCCGCCGCCGCCGCCACGCCGCCGCCCGCCGCCGUCAUCCCCAUCCUGGUGAUCGCCUGCGACCGCAGCACCGUCCGCCGCUGCCUGGACAAGCUGCUGCACUACCGGCCCUCGGCCGAGCGCUUCCCCAUCAUCGUGAGCCAGGACUGCGGCCACGAGGAGACGGCGCAGGUGAUCGCCUCGUACGGCGGCGCCGUCACGCACCUCCGGCAGCCGGACCUGAGCCACAUCGCCGUGCAGCCCGACCACCGCAAGUUCCAGGGCUACUACAAGAUCGCCCGGCACUACCGCUGGGCGCUCGGCCAGGUCUUCCACACCUUCCGGUUCGCGGCGGCCGUGGUGGUGGAGGACGACCUGGAGGUGGCCCCGGACUUCUUCGAGUACUUCCAGGCCACCUACCCGCUGCUGCGGGCCGACCCGUCGCUGUGGUGCGUGUCGGCGUGGAACGACAACGGCAAGGAGCAGAUGGUGGACGCCAGCCGGCCCGAGCUGCUCCACCGCACCGACUUCUUCCCGGGCCUGGGCUGGCUGCUGCUGGCCGAGCUGUGGGCCGAGCUGGAGCCCAAGUGGCCCAAGGCCUUCUGGGACGACUGGAUGCGGCGGCCCGAGCAGCGGAAGGGGCGCGCCUGCGUGCGCCCCGAGAUCUCCCGGACCAUGACGUUCGGCCGCAAGGGCGUGAGCCACGGGCAGUUCUUCGACCAGCACCUCAAGUUCAUCAAGCUCAACCAGCAGUUCGUGCCCUUCACCCGGCUGGACCUGUCCUACCUGCAGCGCGAGGCCUACGACCGCGCCUUCGUGGCGCGCGUGUACGCGGCGCCGCAGCUGCCCGUGGAGAAGGUGCGGACCAACGAGCGGCCCGAGCUGGCGGCCGUGCGCGUGCAGUACACCAGCCGCGACAGCUUCAAGGCCUUCGCCAAGGCGCUGGGCGUCAUGGACGACCUCAAGUCCGGCGUCCCCCGGGCCGGCUACCGCGGCGUGGUCACCUUCCAGUUCCGCGGCCGCCGCGUCCACCUGGCGCCGCCGCAGACCUGGGCCGGCUACGACCCCAGCUGGAACUGAGCCGCCCGGCGCCGCCCGCACCUUCCCCCGCGUGGGGCCGGCUCAGGGCCACAGGGGACCUGUUUGUGGCCCAAAUGAGACGAACCGGGGGGUGGGGGGUCUCCCCGUCAGGAUGAGCGGGGUGGUUCGCCCCCCAUCCUCUCUCCGGAGCGGGGCCUCGGAGCUCAGCUCCCCGCAGCCGGCGGCUGGUGCUUCUCAGAGCAGAGGGAAAGCAGCUGCUGCGCAUGCUCAGCCCGGAGGGCGGGCCUCGGAAUCCCUCCCCCCCUUCCCCGAGGCUCCGCCGGCUUCCGGCGGCUUCAGCCCGGGGUGGAGGAGCCGGGGCCGGGGCCGGGACCCGCCCGCCCGGCCUCCCCGGGCCGGUCGCCGACGGACGUGUGCGGGGCUCCUCGCCCGACCUGUUUCAUGGAAGAGAGUGGAAUCCACUGAAUUAUUUUCAAAAAUAAAGUAAAGGCUGAAUUGUCUGAAA